UACAGAGGUCUUAAACAAGAGUAGUCUUAUUAUAGGAUGCCAAAGGUUUUUCAUAGUCAUACAAUAAAACAGUUCCUGUUUUACAUAUUCUACUAGUUUCACUUUUGCUUUUAUCACAUAUAUCUGUGGAAAGCACUACAGAAGUUAAUACAGAUGGUGACAUCUUCAUUUAAAGAUCCAUAAAUUUUUUAUUCCACCAAUAGCAAAGCAGAUUCUGCAGACUACUGGAGACAACUAACAGAAAGCAAGAUGGCCUUCUGGAAAUUCUUUCAAAAAGAACCUCUGAACAGAACCGAUUCUCAAGGCAAAGCAGAUUUUGGUGUGUUUGACAGGCCAUGGAGAAACAUAAAUUGGAACAAGAGCGAGUUAGAGGAGAAGUUGAGAGAGUUUACGGUCUGUAAUCAACAAAUCAAGCAUUUCCGAUUUCUGAUGAAGGGACCCAUCGGGGCUGGAAAAUCCAGCUUUGUGAAUUCCAUUGAUAGUGCAUUUCAAAACAGAGUUACGAACAAAGCAAUUGCAUCAUCAUCAUCAAAUGUUAGUUGCACCAGAAUUUACAGACCCUACAAAAUCAAAGAUGGAAAUUCUGGAACCUUAUCUUUUAUGUUCUAUGACACCAUGGGUGUGGAAGAUGGCAAAGAAGAUGGGAUUCAUCUGGAGGAUUUAAAGAGUGCUUUGCGUGGCAAUUUGCCAGAUGAAUAUAAGUUUAACCCUCGUGGUCACUUAACUCCUGAGGACCCCCACUUCAAUAACAAACCCUCAAUGGAAGAGAGAACACACUGCCUGAUCUGUGUAGUGUCAGCAAACAGCAUUUCUCAAAUUUCUGAUGAGAUCUUUGAGAAGCUAAAUCUAAACUUCAGACAUGCCACUGAUAUUGGGAUCCCUCAAGUUGUUAUCAUGACCAUGAUUGAUCAAGUCUGUCCUCUGGUCAAGAAGGAUCUGAGAAAUGUCUACACAAGCAAGAAAAUAAAGGAAAAGAUGAUGGUUUGCAGUGACAGACUGUCCAUCCCUAUGACCUGCAUCUUUCCUGUGAAGAACUACUACGAGGAGAUAGAGACGAACAACGACAUGGAUGUCCUCCUCCUGUCUGCGCUGAAACAAAUCUUACAUUUUGCCAAUGAUUACACCGACAAGCUCUGAACACUUCAUGAUAAAUACUGUACAUGUUCUAUUUGUGCAUAUUCAGUAGCUACCUAGCUAAAGACUAAUAUUCAGCUAAUCUGAGCAUUUUUUUAUAUAUAUAAAAAACAAUUUGGUUUAUUUUGUUCUAAUAUUUUUAACAUGGCUUUAUCCUUCUUGAGCUUGUAAAUGUAUAUGCUAAUGUGAACAUUUGUAUGUACAAUUGCUAAUUGUGUGUGUUUAUUUUUCUUUUUUUCUCAAAACACCUCAAUCUCAUUGAAGCAUCUCCGUCUGUCAAAGGUCUCCAGUUUUAUGCAGAAGUUCACGUUUGCUCUUUGGUAUAACUUGCCGCUCAGGAUGAAAUCUCAUAGCGCACAGUUAGCAGCCUCAGUCUCGAAACCUUUUAAUACCACCUCGUAUUUGUGUCUCCCAGUAUUACAGUAACAAACAUUAAAUGUCACACAUUACCAGUGGAACCUUUGUUGAAGGGUCCAGACAUAGACAAGAAACCUUGCGGCAACGUUCUGCACAUAAGUGUAUGUUCCUAUACUUGUAAUUUCUUGUUGGGUUUUAUGUUUCUCAAUCAGUAAAAUAAAUUUCACUUACAGUAAUGAAAACACUUUCAUUUAUUAAUUUUUAUGUAUUUAAUGUAACAUCAUAAACAUAAUGGUAAAAAACCCUACUAUUUAAAAUAUACCACAAAUUAAUACAUGGUUGGGUGCAACAUUUAUUUAAAAAAAAUUGUCUACAACCACAUCCUCUUCUUU